AAAAAGAUCGUUUUGUUGAAACUUAAAUAAUUUCCUCAUUGACAAUUUCGUGAACCACACCUAAAAAUUGCACUGCUGUACGGAAAAUAACCGACUACACCAAUUGCACGCACCGAACCACGCUUGCAUUUAAAAAAAAUAAUAAUUGCUGUUUGCACGUCGAGAUUGCUGGUCCGAUUCCUCCCAGGCUGAGGUUUGACUAGAGGGAACAAAACUCACAGAUACAGAGAGAGAGAGAGAGAGAGAGAGAGAGAGAGGAGGGUAACGGAGAGAAAGAAACAAACAGACAAGGGAGGGGCCGGGCACCCAGGACACCUGGAUGGAGUAGCUGGAAAGAAGAACUUUAAAAUAAACACCUGCCCCCGGGGGCUGCACGUCAAGCAGGGAUUUCAGAGGGGGAGCGGAGCGGGCCGCAGGCAUGAGCGAUUUCUGGCACAAAAUCGGUUGCUGUGUGGCAGAGAAACCCCAGCCGAAAAAGAAGAGGCGGCGCAUUGACCGGAGCAUGAUCGGGGAGCCCAUGAAUUUCAUCCAUUUGACUCACCUUGGGUCAGGAGACAUGAGCAGCGACGGUCCAAUGCCGGGUUCAGUCCAGCAACAAAUGAGGUCCAAAGGUGAGAGUGCCAUGGGACGAAACAGCCUUCUAUAGCCGUCCUCUCCAGUAGACCACACCGCUUUUGGGGAUCCACUUGAAAAACACCAACAAACGGGAUCAAAUCCACAGAGAAAGCACUUAACGAACCGUUGGAGAAGUCCUCAUAAGUUAACAAACUGCCACGUUUUCAAAAGGACGUUGUUCACUUUCGCCCUGUCUCUCGCUUCAGCCGCCAAAGGCUUUCAGAUGGAAAGAAAAAAAAAAACCACAGCGUUUGACGAGAAUUGCAAGCGAGUCUCCGUUUCUCUGUUUGUUGUAUGAUGUUAUCAAACUCCUAGGACCUCUCAGUAUGUCUAUACACUGGUAUUGUUAUAUAUUGAAUUGUAUCACAAGGAACUGGGCUGUUUUUUGGGGGGUGUCUAAAUACAAGCAAUUUCAAAGAUAUGUAUAUAUAUAUAGAUGCAAAAACAUAGCAACGACAAAUGAUUUCCAGCAAGUCUAGGGCUGGGGAUUGCAUUGCCCGUGUUUCCUCACUCAGACCCCUUCCUUACUAAACCCCCUGGUAUCUCUGAAUAGAUAAUCACCUCCUUUAGCAACAGGCUGAGGGUUUUAACAAGGGAGACAAGUAGAAUGCUCCCCCAAAAUGAUCUCCUUUUAUCUAGGGAAGCAGCAGAGCUGGGGAUGGGGAGUUUGUUGCUGGAUAACUUCACUCAGACUCCUUGCUCGCUAAAUAUCUUGCUAUCCCUGCAGAGAUCACCGUCUCCUGUAUUUAGUAAGGGAGGGGUCUGAGUGAGGAAAGGUGGGCAACACAGUCCUCACCCCUCGUCCUGCUGGAAAUCAUUUAGGAUGUAUGUGUGUUUAUAUAUUUUAAAAAGAAAAGCAAGGGUAUUUAACUAAAGUAAUGGUUGGAAAAUAUAGGUGACCUAGAAAUCAAAAGUGUAGCAAAUGCAUUCCAAAAUAUUGUUGCUUUUUUUUUUUAAAUCAAUUUUCUUACCUCUUACACUGGGACUAGCCUCCUCUUUUCUGUUGAUUGGUCGGUACACAAGGCAGUCGGACGUCACCAUUUCCUGCGCUGUAGGUGGCGUGGUCUGGUUGCGGCUGUACCAGCGGAGUGAAGUUGACCUACAGCACAGGAAGUGGUACCACGAAGCCAGGGACGGGGGUCAAUUCCUGUUUUUCAAUUCCAGUUUCAUUUUAAAAUCAGUUCCUGUUCCCUUUUAAUCAAUUCCGACACGUCACCUCUGAUCAGAAUUGCAACGGAGCAGCGUUCUGUUAAAAUGAGCGGCGACACGUGACUUCAACUGAAGCCGCUGUUUGUGAGUCAAUGAAACUGGCUGCAGAUCAUAAGCUAUACUUGGGUAGGUUUACCGGUAGCAACAGAAUUGAUUUUAAGAAGUCAUUCGAUUUGGAAUUGAAAACCAGGCAGGGCCCCCAGUCUAGAGAGUCAUCUUUAAACAGAAGUUACAGCAUUAAAGUGUUUGACAAAAGGACCAGUCGUGCUUGGUUUUGGGUCACAGGUAAGGAAGUGUCUUUCAGAGAGUUACCACUCCAUUAACUUCAAGUGGCUGCCACUGGCUUGAGAUUCGCCAGAGUCAUGCGAAAUGUUUGCUAAUUGCAGUUGUUAUUUUUUUAUUUUCUAGUUUCGCUCAUGUAAAAAUGUUUUGUCGCAUGCUUUUUUUUUUUUUUUUUUAUUCCACAGCGCGCACAUCAAACAAAACAGACGCUUUUGAUAAGGAAGGGAACAGUGUUCUCAGUACGGUCGGUCUAAACCGACAGAGAUGUCUUUCAAAAACACUGUUAAAAAAUUGCUUCUAUUAAGACAUUUCAAUGCGGUGAUGGGGAUUUUUUUUAAAAAAUAACGAAAACUGUAAAAGUACGAUGAUGCCAAAAAAAAAAAAUGACCGGUUAACCAGCCGAGAGAUCCAAAAAAAAAAAAAAAAUACAUUGUUUUAUCUUUAUUGUUAUUCUUAUUAUUUGUAUUAUAAUUAUUGUAUUGCAAUACAAUACACGUUCAUGGAUUUGAGCUCCAGUGACCCUGCAGAGAUUAGUAUUGACUCUUUCUUUGUACGACAGCAUCGUGUCUGAUUGACUUUAAGCUGGAAUAGGAGGCUGUGUGGUGCACUAAGGAGGCUGUGUGUUCCAGUGGUUAAAGAAAAGAGCUUGUAACCAGGAGGUCCCCGGUUCAAAUCCCACCUCAGCCACUGACUCAUUGUGUGACCCUGAGCAAGUCUCUUAACCUCCUUGUGCUCCGUCUUUCGGGUGAGACGUAAUUGUAAGUGACUCUGCAGCUGAUGCAUAGUUCACACACCCUAGUCUCUGUAAGUCGCCUUGGAUAAAAGCGUCUGCUAAAUAAACUAAUAAUAAAUAAUAA